GCCAUAUUCACCCUUGUUGUCGAAGACGCAAUAACUAGAUAAGCUUGUUUUUACCCCACUUUGUGUUACGAUGGAGAGCCGCCGCUUGUUGGACUGGAAUGGUCAUGAUGAUGAGGAUCGGCCAAUGGAGAAGCUGACUGACAUUGAGCUGACAAGCAUCAGCAGUACGUCUGCUGAACCACGGAGGUUGCUGUCUGAUGCGAAUAACAUCAUUAUUCAGGAUGAAGAUGUGGAGACUCCCCAUGGUCGGAUCAGGGUGGCCAUACAGGGGGACAGGACUAAACCUGCCAUACUUACCUUCCAUGACAUUGGACUCAACCAUAUCAGCUGUUACCAGGGUUUCUUCAGCUUCCCGGAAAUGCAACCCAUAUUGAGACACUUCUGUGUGUACCAUCUGGAUGCGCCAGGCCAGGAAGAGGGUGCUCUGCAGCUCAAGCAGAUGUUUAUGUACCCAACCAUGGACCAACUAGCUCAGGCGGUUUACUAUGUCAUUGACUACUUUGGGAUAAAGCGAGUUCUGGGGUUCGGUGUGGGAGCCGGAGCCAAUGUCCUCACAAGACUGGCUCUGCAGCAGCCAAAUCGUGUGGAUGCUCUGGUUCUGAUCAAUCCCACAGCCAAAAUGCCAGGGUGGAUUGAGUGGGGAUAUCAGAAGAUGAACUCUUGGUACCUAUUCGGAGGACAGAUGACAAACUUCACAGAGGAGUACCUGUUGUGGCACUGGUUUGGAAAGAAAACUCGCUGGCAAAACCAUGACUUGGUGCAUGUUUUCCAGGACUAUAUCAAAGUGAUGAAUGCCCACAACCUGAGUCUGUUCAUUGAGUCAUACAUCAAACGAGAUGAUCUGGGUGUGGUGCGAGAACUUGACCCAAUCAAGAAAUCUGUCUCAAAAGCUGUCAAAUGUCGCACCUUGAUCCUGGUGGGAGAUGACUCUCCUCAUAUUGAUGAAGUGGUGGACAUGAAUGGUAGGAUGGACCCGCAGGAAACCGACUUCAUGAAGAUUGCCGACUGUGGUGGGAUGCCUCUGGAUGAACAACCAGGCAAAGUAUGUGAGGCCUUCAAACUAUUCCUGCAGGGCAUGGGAUAUGUGCCAGCACUAAAACAAACAAGCAGUGUGGCUUCUAAGGCUCGUCAACAACAACAGGCAGAAGAAAUGAGCCAGAUAGCCAGUGGAGAGAUUCGCUCUCCAACAGUCUGCUGAGGAGUUACCUCCCCUUCAACCCUGCUUUACACGUAUAUUGUAGGUGAUCAAUCUCAUUCAAGGUGUGGUCAGCCUAAAACCCGGGUCACAUGCUUAUAUACAAAUAGAAACGUGCCCAGAUGACAUUUUGGGCAAAUUUGAAUGAUUUUGUCUGCUUGACUCACCUUUAUAACCUGUCUUACACUUGGAUUUCUAUCCAGUCUGUAUCUUAUGUAUAUGACACAAUAACAGUGCCUCUUAAGAGCUUUGAAUGACAAUCUGAUCACCUCUGUAAACAAUGGUGUUAUCUUGUGGCUUUUGUCCUACAUUCACUGUGUCAUCAACUACUUGAAUAGAAUCAAAAGACUGUGAUAUAUUGUCUUUUUGGUGUGUAUUAAGGUUGCAAAUAUUGUAUUUUGUAGUUAAAUGACGAACUGGAAAUUAAAACUACUGAUGAAAAGUUAUACAAGUGAAAGGAAAGAUUCCACUACAAGACAAGAGUGAAGUACAUGUCAUUUUAACAAGUGCAGAGGAUAUGUUUUGACUGUGAUCAAUAUCUGUGAACUGAAAGAAACUAGAGCCCAGAAUCAUUUUGUACGGUUUGUGAUCUCAGAGUUUAUUCAGAGGUGCUUGAACACAGUACAGUUGAAGUUGUAAAUGCGGCCAUUUAUCUGACGCCAGUUUUACAAGCUUAUAUACAAUGAUUUAGUGUUUAAUGUAGUAAAUUAUAAACAUGAAUGUUUUGUUUUUUUUCAACUGGUAUGGCAGUAUUGGAUAGAGCCCCCAAAAUGAUUUUCUUGUGACAAGUUUGAAUAACACAUAAUACUGUAAUUCAGCUUCUUUAUGUAGCAUGUUUAGACAGAUAUAAAAUCAUGUUAAUAAAUACAUACCCUGUCAAUAGAUUAUUAGACAUACAUGUUUUUAAAAGUCACUUCAGCUCUCUCCAAUGCAACUGUGAUUAAGGAUUUUCUCGUAAAUGUACAUAGAAGUAGCAGUGAGAGCAUAUCUCUGUAUGUUUUACAUGUAGUUCACUUUCAUGACCAUUUUGUAGUUUUGAGAUCAUAGAUCAGUUAUUCUUGAUUUUUCUAACCAGAUAUAAAGGUGUAUUAAUACAGAUUAAUCAGCUAUAAUCCUCUAUGUUAAUUGUUACAUCAGACCAUGAUCUCUAAAGGAUUAUCCUAGCUUUACCCCUGGGCACGACUGUUUAGGAACUAAUCAUAUUGUGAUUGUACAAACCAGAGCCAGUAGUAUGUGAUGUAGUAAUAACUCACGGAAUAUUUGAACCAGUUCUGUGUUAUAAGGUUUAGAAAUAGGCUUCCUUGCCUAACACAUACUAAUGAAGUAGUCCAAAUGAUUCUAAGCCUUUUUUCAAACAAAGGCUUUUGAUAAUAGACAAGCCUUCACACUUACAUGCUUUUGGCCUUUUUAUUUGCAUACUUUCCAUUGCAAGAUUAUGUUUUUUUUUGGUGGCCUUAGUUCAACCACUUAGAACAAAAAAAAAAUAGGUCGAAAUGUGAUCCACUACUUUUCUUCAUUAAAGAAUGUGUCCAAACUUCACCCUCAGCUGAUCCUCAAUCAGGGUGGAGUCAAAAUAUGAUCCUGUACAAAGACAGUCCAUAUCUUGUGUGGUUGUUCUGUACUAACAUUUUUUUUUAUCAUUACCGAUUUGUGAGUUUGUUUUAGCAUUUUUUAAGAAGCAUUUGUAUAAAACCAUGAUUUGUAUUUUAUGACAUGCAUCAUCAUUUAACUUGUUGGAAUGCUGGUUUUGUUUCUUGCUUCAAAUACAUUACUGGCUAUGAAACAAAUUAUCAGAUUUAUUGAAUAUUGCAAUAGGUAUAUUUCUCACCAAGUUUUUAGUGUUUAAACCAAGCCUUUAUCACUUUUUCCUAACCAGAACGAUUCACCUGGAAUGGAUAGGAGGUCUGCAUAUGCUGCAAUUUUAUUACGCAGUGUAUUUUCAUUAUCCCAACUAUUUUUAUGUCUUUUUUUAGUAUGCUUAAAUGUUUUAUUGUUAAAAAGAGGCUAUAGUAUAUUGUAUAUGUAUUUUAUUACUGCAUAUUUGUGGUGUAACACAACAUGUGUUCUGUGCUUCAUUUGUAUGCAUUUAUAGCAGCAUUGUUCAUGUAGUCAACAACAGUUCCAUAUGAAGUCAACAUUCCAUUCUGUAAAUACUAGUAAUAGACAGUUCCUAAUUUGUCAUUUGUUGUCACGGUUCAUUUAGAAGACAGGUGUUAACUUAGUCAAGCAUUCUUUUUAAAAGAGUAAUUUUAUCAUUCACAAAUGAUAGUUGUUUCCUGUGUGGAGAAAAUUAGAAUUAUUAUGUAUAUUAAGUUUAGAUUGUAAAUAAUGUAGACUUGUAUUCAGAUCUUGAAAGUGUGGUCCAAAAGUUCUAAACAAAUAUGUUGUAAAUUUAUGAGGAAAAAUGAAGGUAUACUUUAUUCAUAGAUGAUUCUCUUAUGAUUGUGAAAUGGAUGUAGUUUAGAAAUCCAGCUGCCAGUGUUUUUAAGAUUUGUAUCAUAACAACAUGUACAUACGGAUGAAUUCACUCAAUAUCCAGAGCUGGUGCUUCAAUGCAAAGGUUGAUAGUAUGUAAACAGAGCCUCCCUGGACUCGCUUGUAUAGGGCCCGUGUUCACUUUUGCGAAGAGCUGGGUGAAUUGUACACACUCAUAACGGGCCACAAACACACUCAUAACGGGCCACAUACACACUCAUAACGGGCCACAUACACACAUAUUAACAGGCCAAAUACACGCAUAUUAGUUAAAUAAAGCAACUCUGCAUUAAAUGGACUGUCUCCUUCCCUUCAAUAUUAACAACUUUAUUUGAAGAU